GGGAGGGACUGCGCAUGCCCCCCAGUCUGUGUAGAGCCCUGGGACGCCCGGCAAAAGAGAGCCCCCGGGGGUGCGCUCCGCCCGGCUGCCCCCGGAAGGGACGUCCCCGAAAGACGGUGAAGUAAGACCAUGGCCCACGAGGCCCUGGGGUAUCCGCUGCGGGAGACCCUGUCCCGCUGGGAAAGGGAGCAAGCAAGGCUGAAGACCAGUGUCAUUGACUGGGAUACAGAAGCAUGGCAGAGAGAUUCAGAUUUUGCUGGUCUGCAUCGGGUCGGGGGUGUUGAUAUAUCCUUCAUUAAAGGGGAUGAUAUCAGAGCCUGUGCCUCUUUAGUGGUGCUUAGCUACCCUGAGCUUGAGGUGUUAUUUGAGGAAUGCCGGAUGGUUAAUCUAACAGCUCCCUAUGUGUCUGGUUUCUUGGCAUUUCGGGAAGUUCCUUUCCUGGUGGAUGCUAUUCAGAGGCUACAGAAGAAGAAUCACAGUCUCAUGCCCCAAGUUCUUCUUGUGGAUGGAAAUGGGAUACUCCAUCACCGAGGAUUUGGAGUGGCUUGUCACAUUGGCAUCCUUACAAAUCUGCCUUGCAUUGGAGUGGCUAAAAAACUCCUCCAGGUAGAUGGGCUGAAGAAUAAUGAUUUACACAAACAAAAGAUCCAGCAACUAAAGCUGGGAGGAGAUACCUUUCCUCUGGUGGCUGACUCAGGUACCAUCUUGGGAAUGGCUUUAAAGAGUCACAACAAGAGCACCAAACCUUUGUAUGUCUCUGUGGGUCACAAGGUGAGUCUGGGGACUGCAGUCCGCUUGAUCCAAGCCUGCUGCAAAUAUCGGAUUCCAGAGCCUAUUCGUCAGGCAGACAUUCGGUCCCGAGAAUAUAUCCGGAGGACUCCUGAAUGUGCCAAUACACAGGAAUCAGGGCAAGAAAGGGGUCAUGAGGGAAUGAGAAAGAAGCAGAGCCCAACUUUGUCCCCUUCAAGAAGCUUAGAAGAGUCUGCAGGAGAGGAGAGACCUGAGAAUCCCAGCCCAGGACUUCAUUCAUAGCUGUGUAACCUGGGGAUCAAGCUUCUGUGAUGCUGUUAUUGGGAGCGAAGGAUGAAAAGAGAAUAGAACAUUGUGAAAAUUCUGAACAUCUUUCUCUGGCAGACUGGUCAAAGGAAAAGACAAUUAUGUAGAACCAAAUUCUCACUUUCAGGACAUGUCUUAUAAGAACUCAGUACUUUAUGUGAUUUCAGAAGCUUGAAUAAUUACAUGAGUUUAGCUUUCCAGUCAUGAUGGAAGACUUUUGCACCAGGCAGUGUGUGUCACCCAUGUGCUCACAGACACUAGGGAUGACUCAGUAUUUGAAUGAUUCAGGGCCUUUAAAAUACUACCUGUCACAGGAUAUAACACAGACCACCUAACUUGUGAUAGCACUUACACUAGGCUAGUUUUUCCUUAAAAGGUGUUGAAAUGGCCCUGGAGACUUAGUUGGCCAGGAGACCAAGGCUUAAAAACAAUCUUCACUUCCUGGUAGUGUGAAUCCACAAAGCCAGCACUUUUGAGGAACAGCACCCAACUGAACUCUUUCCCUGUGGUUGCUAAGUAUAAACCCAUUUUUAAAACUAUUAACUGUUGGAUAACUGUAACCUAUUAAUUUUACUUUAAUUCUGAACUGGAAGCUCCAGCCUGGCCUGAAUCAUGCCUAGCCUACAACACUACCUUAACACCAUCAUGCCUGUGGUCACGCAGCCUGAGGAACAGCUAGUCCAUGUGUUCAGCAGAAGACAGAUUUCAAGAAGGCAGAGAGCCAACCUCUCUCUGGAAAACUUGUGAGGCUUUUUUUUUUUUUUUUUUUUUUUAAAUUUGGAGACAAGAAGUAGGACUCACUUUUAAAAGAAAAAAUUCAAAUUAAAAAAAUGAUGACCCAACUCCCAUCAAACCCAUUGUUCCCUGAAUGACUUGUGUCUCUUGCCCAGCUUUCUGCCUCUUGCUCAAGCUCUGUUAAGAAACCGUGGACCAGCCCAACCCAUUCACCAAGCCUGGCCAAUCUGUAGCAUCUCAUAAACACAUCGAGGGAGGGGAGAAGAGAAAGUUACCUAAUCAUCAGCUCUUGCUGGCUCCAACAGACUGAAAGAGGGUGCUGUGGGUGGGUGGGAAAUACACAGAGGGAGCUGUACCUGCCAGCAAUCUGCUUAGUGAAUAAAGUCCUAGUCUCUCCUA